CGGCGCGAACGGACGCGCGGGAGUGGCUCCGGAGGCGCGGAGGCUCGGCGCGGAGCAGCGCCGGGACGGAGACGAUGCCUGGACUGCCCGGCCGCGCGGGGCUCGUGCUCGGCGUCAUGCUGCUGGCGGCGCUGCUGGCCGAGGGCCGGACGCUCCCCCUGAGGAAGCCGCGGCUCCGGAGCCCCGCGAGGCUGGCGGAGGUCUCAGUACCCCCAGGUCCCCGCUCUCCUAGGGAAGAGGAAGGGACCCCGCUGCUCCCCAGAACCCGCCUCCAGGCAGGGCCCCGCCGACAUAGGCGCCGGGCUCUUGGUGAGCCAGCAGCCCUGAGCCUGGAGAAGGCGGCCAUGCCAAGGACCCUGGAGGACACUCCCUUGCUGCUGGAGCUGCAGAAGCUGCCGGGAUUGGCCAACACAGACUUGAGUGCCCCAAACCCCAAUAUCCAGGUGACCAUCGAGGUGGUGAAGGAUCCCCAGGCCAAGGUGGAGGUGGACCUACUGGCUGAGCCCAGCAACCGCUGGCCCAAGGGUGCCUCAAGCUGGCUGCCUGCCAAGGAGCUCUUCUGGCCCCUAUUCUGGAGCUACCUGGAGGGCGAGGAGGGGAGGACCAGUCUCAAGGGCAGAGCCCCAGGGGAAGAAGAGGAGGAGGAAGAAGUGGAGGAGGAGGAUUACCCUGCAGAGUAUAGCGAGAGUGAGGACCAGGAGGACAACGAGGAGGAGGAGGAGGAGGAGCCUGGGUUCAGUGGGGCCACGGGCAGCUGGGAGCAGGGCUGGCUGGCCCCUGGGGACUGGGCCUUCAAGGAGCCAGACGGCUACGACUAUGAGCUUCAAGAGGAGUGGAGCCCCUGGUCUCCCUGCAGUGGGAGCUGCGGCAGCAGCAGCCAGAGGAGGACUCGGCCCUGCGGCCACGCCUGCACUGCCACCGAGUCCCGAGCCUGCGACCUGCCCCCUUGUCCUGGCACCGAGGACAAGGACCCCUCGGGCUUCCCCAGUGAGGGGUCGCAGCCCCUGGCCCACAAUGCUACGGACAUGCUCAGCCCAGAUGUGGACAGCUGUGAGAAGUGGCUGAACUGCAAGAGUGACUUCCUGGCCAAGUACCUGAGUCAGGUGCUGCAGGACCUGCCCAGCUGCCCGUGCGCGUACCCGCUGGAGGCCGUGUACAGCGCCGUGAGCCUGCGGGACGAGCGCCGGGGCCGCAGCUUCCGGUGGAGGGACGCCAGCGGGCCGCGGGAGCACCUGGACGUGUACCAGCCCACGGCGCGCUUCUGCCUGCGCUCGCUGCUGUCCGUGGAGAGCCGCACGCUGGCGGCCCAGCACUGCUGCUACGACGCGGGCAGCCGGCUGCUGACCCGGGGCAAGGGCGCCGGCGCGCCUGACCUCGUCAGCACCGACUUCUCGCCUGAGCUGCACUUCAAGGUGGACACGCUGCCCUGGAUCCUCUGUAAGGGGGACUGGAGCCGCUACCACGCCGUGCGGCCUCCCAACAAUGGCCGCGCCUGCGCCGACAACCCUCCCGAGGAGGAGUACCUGGCCCAGUUGCAGGAGGCCAAGCAGUACUAACUGGGGGGCUGCUGUUCUGGAGAAGCUUCCCCUGCAGACCCAUCGCUCUGCCUCUGCCCAGACCCCGCGAGGCCGGCCUGCCUGUGGAACCAAGGCAGGUUGUAGGGAUGUGCAGGACUGGAUGGCACUGCCCUGAAUGGACCGAGCAGCCAGGCCUGGGGUGGGCUCAGAGCAGCUCAGGAAGAUGUGCACCACGGUGAACUUGUAAACCAGUUCUCUGCUUGGGCUUGGCGGCAGGAGGCCCAGAUUUGGGCAGUUUCUAUGGUGUUUAUGAAGACUCCCACCAUGGCCCACACUCCCGAGGUGACGUCAUUGAAUGCACUGAGCUCAGAGCUGGGAAGAGAUGCGUGUAAUCAGCUCUCCUAGCACAUCUGGUACUUCUUCUCUGCCCUCCUCACCCCCAAAACCAUACUUCCUCGCCUUGUAGUGGGUUGAAGGGCUGAAGUCCCCACUGUCCUGUUCACAAAAGCUUCUAAAGGUGGGAACUUCAGCCCCUAGAAGAACUUCAGCUGUCCUGAAGCUCUUUGUGAUCCUCAGCAAUAAAGCACUUUAUUUUCAAA